AUGGUCAAGUUCGCGUGGGCUUUGCCCCUCUUUCUGGCUCAGGCCUCCUUCGGUCGCCCUUUCGGAGAGAUCGACCCUGAUGAAAUAGGCUUCACGCUCUGCGGAACAGAUCACAGAGAUGGAGAGCAGUAUGCCCGCGACGAUCUUUUUGUCUUAGAGUCCAUGCACAAGGACACCGCCGUGUUUAAGGAAAAAGAGCCGAUCCGCAUCCCCGUCAACAUUGUCCUCGUCGGGAACAGAAAUUACAGGAGUUUCUUCCAGAAUAAAACCACUGCCAUCGAGGCAGCCUAUACCAAAUACCGCAGCGUCGGCUUCGAGUUCGGCCCGUUCUCCUAUGAACACGUCGACGAAGUUGGCAGCCAGCACAGAUUCAGGAUAUGGGGAAACGUCACCUCGGCCUUGGUCCGCGCCUACCGUCGCGGCGGAGCGGACACGCUCAACGUGUUCCUGGUCCCCGCGAACCUGGGAACAUACGGCUUCGCCAACUUCCCGUGGGCCCUCCUUGACGCACCCACAAAGCGCCGGGGCCUGGAGUUUCCCCUGGCCAGUGACGCUGUCAUCAUUGCCACGAACGGCCUGACAGAGGCCAUGCUUGAGAAGCUGGUGGUGCACGAGACGGGCCACUGGCUCGGCCUUUAUCACACGUUCCAAGGCGGUUGCGAGGGCAACGAUGACCAGGUUGAGGACACUCGUCGGCAGCACAUGAAACCUGGCUUCCAGAAUACUUGCAAUGAAACGCAGAACUCGUGUCCCUUGCUGCCUGGAUACGACCCCGUUCGCAACUACAUGACUUACACUGGAUGGUGA